AUGGAGCUCUCGAAGCAGGCGCGGGGCAGCGGGCCGGCUUCGCGACCGUUGCCUUCGGCGGCCCUCAAUUCCAAGCAGCCCGCGAACCACGCCAUGGUUGGCCCUGGCAACUGGGGGGCGCAGGUGCCGACCAGCGCCUACCUGAUCGUGCCCAUGGGCGGGCAGCCGGCGCAGGUUGGUGCGUCCAGUCCCAACGCGCGCACCUUCCUGGGGCAAGGCCUGCGAGUAGGGUGUCCUUGA